GCAUGAGGCUGUUUAUUGCCAUGACGUGGGACGGGGACACUCGCUCCUUCUCCCUUUCCGGGAAGGCGAGGAGGGAGGCGGGCUGAGGCUGAAGGGCAGCAGGGCCACGGCAGCUCCCGGUGCACCCGGAGGUUUUGCUCUCUCAUCUGUUUUUUCCCCUAAAACCAAACCCAGGUCCGGCCCGUCCGUGGUUUCGGCGAUGCUGCCAGGGAAAGCGGAGAAGAGGAUGGUUUCGUCAGUCUUCAUCACCCUGGUGCCACCACGGAGGGAGGUGGCGACCAAGGAGAAAACCCAAAGGGAACCGCAGGCAGACGGUGACAAGGUCCCAGGCACCCAUCACCCAGGUCCCAGGCCCCCAUCACCCCUGGACCCCGCUGCGGGUGCUUAUCGGCAUUGUUUGUCCCCUCCGGCUGCGGUGGCGUUUGCUUUUGGGGCAGAAACCUGCCCAGCAGCCCCUGUGCCUUCGUCCCCGACGGUCCUCGUCCUCUCCGAAGCUCCCCAGCCCCUGUCUGCAGAGACACUGGUUCCGGCACUGCAGCAACUGGACCUUGCAGCACCCACCACCCUCCAGGUGAGGACAAAUCCCACCAGCCCCUUCUGCCUGAGCCCCCCAAAAUUCAGCCAGGAGCAACCAGGCAAGCCGCAGUGGCAGGAUGUGAAAUGGUACCCAGAGAGGGACAGCUCCAGAGACAUCUGCGCCUUCUGCCACAAAGCGCUGGGGCCGCGGGAGCCAACGGUGGAGGCGAUGGGGAAGCAGUAUCAUGCCGAGUGCUUCACCUGCAGGACGUGCCCCCGGCUCCUGGCCGGGCAGCGCUACUACCAGAAGGACGGGCGCCCCAUGUGUGACGCCUGCUACCAGGCCACACUGGAGAAAUGCGCCAAGUGCCAGGGGCUGAUCACGGAGUGCAUCAUCCGUGCCCUGGGCAAAGGCUUCCAUCCUGACUGCUUCUCCUGUGCUGCCUGCGGCCGGGCCAUCGGCGCAGAGAGCUUCGCAGUGGAUGAGCAGGACGAGGUGUACUGCGUGGCCGACUACUACAGGAAAUACGCUGCGGUUUGCAGCGCCUGUGAGCGCCCCAUCAUCCCCCACGAGGACAAGGACACCUACAAGAUCGAGUGCCUGGGACGCAGCUUCCACGAGAGCUGCUACUGCUGCGAGAGCUGCAGGACACCCCUGUCACCAGAGCUGACGGAGAACGGGUGCUACCCCCUGGACAACCACCUCCUCUGCAAGUCCUGCCACAUCCGCUGGCGAAGCGAGUCAUCCUGCUAA